CUUGAUAAUAACAUAAUAAUCAUUCAUCAGUCAGUUAUCUACUAAACCGUUAUGCACGUACAUGAUUUUUGAUUAAUUGUGCCACAAAUAAAAUUGGAACAUGAAGUGCUUCCCUCACGGAUGCCUCACCUACGGCCAGGGUCCGGCUGGCACAGCCUUCUCGAGCCUCGUGACACACCUCCUGGCAGCUCAGUGCCUCAUCACUGAGCCAUGGCCUAAGGACUACUCCUAUGGAUUGACCAGUGGCGAUAGAUUUGACUUCAUCAUCGUCGGGUCUGGCACAGCAGGUUCCCUGCUGGCGAGCCGACUCUCUGAAGACAACUCGACAGUGCUACUCAUCGAGGCGGGAGGAGAUCCGCCCAUGGAAAGCAUUGUACCCAAUUUUUCAGGCGCCACUCACAAGACUCGAAACGCAUUCCAAUACUAUACUGAGGUAGAUGAAAACAGUAAUAAAGGCAGUAUCAGUGAAAUAUCUUAUUGGCCAAGAGGCAGGGUCCUUGGAGGCACAGGUUCCAUCAACGGUCACCUUCACAUGCGAGGAAGCGAAGGUGACUACGCACCUUGGCAUCUCGAAGAAAACGACGGUUGGGAUUGGCCCACUUUGAAGAAAUACUUCAUGAAAAGCGAAAAAAUGGUUGAUCCGCUCAUUCUUAAUAACCCUGAAUUACGAAAAGAACAUGGUACAGAAGGACAGUUCGUAGUAGAUCAAUUGAACUUCACGCAUGGAGAUAUAGUUGAAAAACUCACAAAUGCGUACAAAGAACUAGGUUUGACGUAUCUGGACGAUUUGAAUGGGCCCACUCAGAUGGGUGUUGGCAAAAUCAGAGGUGGUAUUCAUAAAGGGAGAAGAGUAAGUACAGCCACAGCAUUCUUAAAUCCUGCUAGCGAACGCAAAAACUUAAAAGUAAUGAAACACACAUUUGUCAAUCAAAUAGAAUUCGAUGAGAAGACCAACAAGGCUAUUGGAGUUAAAGUUUCUCUUCUUUAUGGUGACAUAGAAACAUAUUAUGCCAAUAAAGAAGUGAUAUUAAGUGCUGGAACAAUUAACACGCCUAAAAUAUUGAUGGUAUCAGGUAUCGGUCCUAAAAAACAUCUCAAGGAGUUGAAAAUUAAAGUUAAAAGUAACUUGCCCGUUGGUCAAAAUCUUCAGGACCAUGUGCGUAUACCUAUUCCAGUAACAGUAGAUACGGGGGCUACUCAGAGAGAUGAACAUUUUUGGCUUAAAGCUGCGGCACAGUAUUUGUUAGAUCAAACAGGACCUCAUACAACAAACUAUGAUCAGCCAAACAUUAAUGCUUUUCUUUCUGUAGAAGAUGGAAAGUCGCUCCCUGACGUGCAAAUAGACCAUAACUACUUUGUACCAAAUACUUCUUACGUAUUUUCCAUGUGUACAAAUACUAUGUCUUUUAAAGAUAGCAUUUGCAAACAGUUUGCUGAUUUUAAUAAAGACAAGGAGCUGUUUAUUUUCUUUGUGUCCCUUUGCCGACCACAUUCUAGGGGAAAUAUUUUGAUGCGAGGAAAUAAUCCGAUGGAACAUCCCAAAAUUUUCUCAAAAUACUUUAAUGAUACCCGAGACAUGGACACUUUUGUAAAGGCUAUUAAGAAAGUUACAGAGAUUGUCAACACGCCGACAUUAAAAGCCAUGAAUGCUGAAAUUAAGAGGAUUAAUUUCGAAGGUUGUGAUGAUUUAGAGUUUGAGAGUGAAGCAUACUGGGAGUGUAUGGCAAGAACGGUUACCUAUAAUGUUUAUCACCCCGUUGGUACUGCAAAGAUGGGGAAAGAAAAGGAUCCUGAAUCAGUUGUAGAUAGUAGGCUGCGAGUGAUUGGUGUCAAAGGUCUGAGAGUAGUGGAUGCAAGUAUAAUGCCAACCAUACCUAGUGUCAACACGAAUGCAGCCGUUAUGAUGAUUGCCGAGAGAGCAGCUGAUUUUAUUAAGGAAGACUAUAAAAUCAAAGAAAAUAAAAAAGACGAACUAUAAUAUGAGUUUUA